UCAGGAGCCAUCAUGGCGGCAGAAGAGGCGGAUGUGGAUGUCGAAGGGGACGUGGUGGCAGCCGGACACCCCGGAAAUGAUGGAAAUGAAGCAUCAGUUUUACAAGCUGAUCACUAUCUUGAUUCAUGGAGAAAUGAGAAUGGCCUUAUUCCUUGGACUCUGGAUACCACUAUCAGUGAAGAGAACAAAGCUGUAAUUGAGAAAAUGUUGUUGGAAGAAGAAUAUUAUUUAUCAAAAAAAUCACAUCCAGGAAAAUUCUGGCUUGAUCAAAAGGAAGAUGAUAAAAAAUACAUGAACAGUCUGCAGAAAACAGCAAAAAUCAUGGUACACUCUCCUACAAAACCAGCCAGUUACUCAGUAAAGUGGACGAUAGAAGAAAAAGAACUGUUUGAACAAGGGCUGGCUAAAUUUGGCCGAAGGUGGACCAAAAUUGCAAAGCUAAUUGGAAGCCGUACUGUUUUACAAGUGAAGAGUUAUGCCAGACAGUACUUUAAAAAGAAGGUGAAACUGGGUCUGGAGACAGAAAUGUCAACUCAGAAGAGCAACAUUAAUCUACAGGUUAAAAAUGAAGAUAAAGGGGCAAAGGAAUGGACACUGUCAUCUCUCAGGGGGCGUGCUGAUCCCAACUUGAAUGCUAUAAAAAUUGAAACAUUAUCUGAUGAUGAAGAAGUAGAUAUCACAGAUGAGGUGGAUGAAUUGAUUUCCCUACCACCACAACAGAAUUCUAGCAGUGUUCUCUCACUAGACAUUGCUGAUAGUAAGAGGAAUGAAACCAGUCAUGGAGAAUUUGUACACCCAGAGUCUGGUCCCUUUUCUAAAUCUUCCAAGGAAUAUCUUCAGAGUGUAAAGCAAGAAGAAAUGGAACUACUUUCAGGCUCAGAAAUUGCAUUACAGACUGGAAAACAGAGCAACAGUGACAAAAGUUCAGUUGAAUUAAUUAAUCAGAAAUAUAAACAGAUUAAAAGCUUUGAUGGGCAAGGUGAAAAUGGAAUGCUAGAUGAUGCCAGACAGUGGGUUUCUCUAGAGCCUUGUGAAAGGCAGAAAGAUAUGAGUGAUAAUGAAAUGCUUUUUCAUUCUCCUUGCCAAAUGAUGGAAGAAAGCCAUGAGGAAGAAGAGCUUAAGCCACCAGAACAAGAAGUAGAAAUAGAUAGAAAUGUCAUUCAAGAAGAAGAAAAACAAGCAAUUCCUGAGUUUUUUGAGGGGCGACAAGCUAAAACACCAGAACGUUACUUGAAAAUUAGAAAUUACAUUUUGGAUCAGUGGGAGAUAUGCAAACCGAAAUACUUAAAUAAGACCUCAGUACGUCCUGGCCUGAAGAACUGUGGGGAUGUUAAUUGUAUUGGACGGAUUCAUACAUACCUCGAGUUGAUAGGAGCAAUCAAUUUUGGAUGUGAACAAGCUGUAUAUAACAAGCCACAACCACUUGAUAAAGUACGAAUUAGAGACAGAAAAGAUACAGUAGAAGCUUACCAACUUGCCCAGCGUUUGCAAUCUAUGCGUGCACGGAGACGUAGGGUACGGGACCCCUGGGGAAACUGGUGUGAUGCAAAGGACUUAGAAGGACAAACAUUUGAGCAUCUGUCUGCUGAGGAGUUUGCAAAACGAAGGGAAGAGGAAAAAUGUAAGUCUACUAAAUCUUCAAAAGCGUCAAGACCAACAAAAAGCUCAUUUGAUCCCUUCCAACUGAUACCUUGUAAUUUUUUCAGUGAAGAAAAGCAGGAGCCAUUUCAGGUGAAAGUGGCUUCAGAAGCACUUUUAAUAAUGGAUUUGCAUGCUCAUGUUUCUAUGGCAGAAGUAAUUGGCCUAUUAGGAGGAAGAUACUUAGAAGCUGAUAAGGUGGUUGAAGUUUGUGCAGCAGAACCAUGUAACAGCCUGAGUACAGGACUGCAGUGUGAGAUGGACCCUGUAUCACAAACCCAAGCCUCAGAAACCUUAGCGGUAAGAGGCUACAGCGUUAUUGGAUGGUAUCAUUCUCAUCCUGCAUUUGACCCUAAUCCUUCCUUACGAGAUAUUGACACACAAGCUAAAUACCAGAGCUAUUUCUCCAGAGGAGGUGCAAAAUUCAUUGGAAUGAUUGUUAGUCCGUAUAAUGGAAACAAUCCUUUACCAUAUUCCCAGAUGACCUGCCUGGUAAUAAGUGAGGAAAUGAGCCCAGAUGGCUCCUAUCGUUUACCUUACAAAUUUGAAGUACAACAGAUGUUAGAAGAACCUCAGUGGGGAUUAGUGUUUGAAAAGACAAGAUGGAUAAUAGAAAAAUACAGGCUCUCCCGCAGCAGUGUCCCCAUGGAUAAAAUCUUUCGCCGGGAUUCUGACCUAACUUGUUUGCAGAAACUUUUGGAGUGUCUGAGGAAAACCCUGAGCAACAUAACCAAUUGCUUCAUUGCUGAGGAAUUCUUAACUCAGAUAGAAAAUUUGUUCAUUUCUGACUACAAAAGCAAGCAAGAAAAUGGAAUAACUGAAGAGAACUGUACAAAGGAAUUGUUAAUGUAACUGAAACAAAGUAAUUUUGACAUGAUAGAUCCUAUUUUCAAAGCUCAUAACCUUGAAAUUAUUGUAAUUUAAUUGUGGCACAAAUAGCGUUUUUUUUCUUUUAAUUCACAAAAUUCUCAACUUACCACCUAAAUCACUUGAAAAGGGAAGGAUUAAACUUGUUUUUAUACAAUGGGUAUAGGUGCUAUAUAAACUAGGGUGCACUGUAAAGGCCUGUCCUUUAUUAAGUAACUCAGUAGACUGAAAAUUUAUGCAAAUAGUCUGCCUUACUGUUAUAUUCAGAUUUAUCAAUGAAGAAUCUCUAAUUUUUACUUCUUUCCUGAACUAAUCAUUUAUUAUUUUCCAUUUUGGCAUCUCAGAUCUCAUUAGCAGGACUUUGAAUCUUUGUAUAUGUUCUGAUGAGAUUUGUGUUGGCUGUUUGGGGUUGCAAAUGAGAUAUAGUUUGGUAGUCACUGCGAUAAUUACAAACUGAUAAAUCUAAUAACAUACUAUAGGGGGGCCGGGAGAGAAUCUUAAAAAUAGCCAGGGGAGUGUCCCAAAGGAGAGAAUUAAGUUACCAAUUUUUAAUCAUGGAUAUUUGUUCUUUUAUAGCAACAUUACUAUAAGUUAUGACAUUUUUCUCAGCACUCUAAAAACAUUUUUAUUGAUUUUACACACAUGAAAUAGUAGCUCUUCUAUCUGCUCAGUAUUGUAGUAAUUAGACCUGGUAACUAAUCCUCCGAUAGCUUGCUUGUAUAUGUAUAUCUACUAUAAGAAAAAAAGAGAUCAGCUGCAAUAAAGUUUAAAUAAAUAAGAGAUUUAAUUUUUAAUAUUCUACAUAUUUAACUCAGUUGUAUGCUUUAUGAAUAGGAAGUGAAAGUCAGCAUACUUGUUUUAUAGAAAAUCCAGCUUUUAGACAAUUUCAGCUUUUCAGACAUACAUUAUCAAGUAUUCUUUUUUUUUGGUCUGAUACUAAGACUCAAAUUCAGUACCUCCUGCCUUUGUUCAUGGGCUAGAGCUUUACCAACUGAGCCACACCUCUCAACCCCUCAUAUAUUUUUGUAUUGUUUUACAACUUUUGAAAAUGUAAAAAAAAAUUUAUGUGAUAUCUUUCAAAUUAUAUAUUACUGAUCUUAGAGAACUGAAAACAUUAGAAUUUAGUGUAUGUUUUUGAACCUAAGAGGAUAAGUGGUACUGGAUCAUUGUGAAGAGACAACAAAUCAUAAGUUUGAUCCACAUUUAAGUCCAAUUUCCAAAUAGAAAUAAAGGUGCUACCUCUUUUAUUAAAAUUCUGUAAGUUUUAGUUUAUUCCUACUAACCAAAAAACUGAUUUAUACCCAAGCAUUCUUAUGAACAGUUUAAGUAUAUUUCAGUUAGAAGUUAUUCUCCAUUUCUUCUUUAUUUGUUUGUAAUCAGUAACCAAAGAAGAGUAAGGCAGUAUGGGAGUUUGCGGUUUUAGGUGACCUGGGCUUGUCUCAACCUUGUUAUUUGGGGGAGAUAAUAGUUUACUUUCUGUGGGCAUCAAUUCUUUUGUGUGCCUGAGAUUUAAAUUACCUUUUACUGUCCUUCCAGGUCUAAAAUUUUACCAUUCAUUCCAUUUGUUAAUGGAAUUUUUUAGUUUGAGAUUGUGCAGUUCCCAUGUUAACAUUUUUUUUUUAAGAAAAUGAAUCGUUUUCCCAUGACAACAUAGUUUAUGAAAUUACUUUGAGGGCUGGGAGUAUGAGUCUAGACCAGAAAUCAAGGAACCUAAGCUCUAUCGUAACUGCAUUACCCACUUUGCUGUGUGACCUCUAUUCAGUCCAGAACAUUGCUGAACUCAGGCUUUUUCCAGUGGAGAAAGGGCUUUAAAAUCCCAAAGCUCUACCCUAAUUCUGUGACUUUUAUUAUUGCACCCAACUGUCAAAUAGUGAGCUUAAUUUCUUUCUUGUACCAGCUUAGCUAAUGAAAAUUGAUUCUAGCACUUCUCCGGUAUUAGAUUUAGCUCAGUUCCAAACAAAUUCAAAAUAACAUUCAGAAAUGGGCUCUCAAGCACCAAGCAAACAAGCAGGAUUAAACUGUCUGUCUAUGCCCCUCCAUUCUAGCCUGAAUCAUUCUUCUUAAGUCUUUUAAAGCUGUGUUUUCCAUUUCUGUAGUUGGUUUGACUAUAAAUUCAAAGCUGCCUGAACUUUUGUGGGCCUCAAGCAAAUCUUGGACUCAUUCUAUACAGAAUUUAAAUUAUAUCCUAUGAUUCAGUUUGUAUAAAAAGAAUUCAUUAAUGUUUUAAAUGGAAACAUUUCCCUUAAAGAUCCAUUUUUUCCUCUCAUGAAGUUAAAUUAAAACAUUUUUAUGGGCUUUUCAUACUACAAGCCUGAGGCACUGUGCCUCAUGGAUAAGUUGUCCCUGCUGUGUUCUGACCACCACCACUACUACCCCAGCCCCUGCAAGAGCACUGCCAUCCCGCUGUUAAAGUCUGACCACUGCAAUGUCAUCCCUUUGCACUCUGACCAGAAUUCUGGAGAUUGAGGUUUCUCUGCAGCUGUUUAGUGCUUCCCUAACCUUCUCUAUUAUGUUCUGCAUUCCCUGCCUCCAGGAGCAGGGAGAGGUCUGUCACCUGCAAACUGUCAAGGGCUCUCAUUCUGGGCAGAAAGAGGUGGUGGGGCUUUAACGUACCACCCACGGAUGCCUCAUGCUCUUUCAUUUCCCAUGUAUUUUGCUGAGUCCUAACAAGGGAAGUUGGAGAAAGCUGAGCAGUCAGGAUCCCUAGGAGUAGUACUCUAUCCUGUGCCAACAAAAGAGCCACUAUACCUGACCACCUGGUUUGUUGCUACCCAUUCACAAGGCCGCAACAACAGAUCUUCGGUCUGGUUUUCUCCAUGAGAAUUGAGUCAGGGUACCCACAUUUUUUCCCCGAGACUCAGUCUAGCAUGACACAUGGCAUCAAGAGAAACUUUUGCAGAAGCACAAAAAUAAUUAUCAAAUUUGAUUUGAAUCCACAGCUUACCAGUACUUUUGAUAGUGUUCUUACAAAUUAAUAUAUUUUACAAUAUGUCCAGAAAAUCACUGUUAAUAAUAUAAUAUACUUAAGUUCAUUAUGUCCUGGUUGGCCUUUUUUUUUUUAAGGUUUUAUGUGUGAUAUAACCCGAAACUCUGUUUUCUGCUUGUUUGUUUUCCAUUUGAACCUAUAAUUACACUUUCUGAUAUUUUAUGAAUUGAUCUUCUAAGCCACAUCAAGUUCCUAGAAUCAAGAGGUUAUGGACAUGGUCUCCCCAUUAAAUCAUGUAUAACCCAGAGAAGCUAUGAUUAUGCCAUAGCCAUAAUUGUUACGGAUCUAAAAUUCAGAAGAUAAAUUAAUCUCAGUAUCUAGGUUGUUAAUCAUUUUCUUCCUUUGGUGUUUUUGAAUAUAUUCAGGAGAGCUUUAAUUUCAAGAGGGCCUGAUUUGUUUUCUUUGAGGUAUCCUAGUAAACUGUCUUGGGAUUUUUGAAGUCUGUUAAAUGUUUUCACACUUUUGAUUCCUGUUUUAUAGGUGACCAAACACUUUGGUUUCAGCCUGUUUACAUUUCAGCAUGUUAUAAGUAGAUCUGUCAAGUAUCUUUAAACUUGUGGAUUUGACAUAUACAGGACGUUUUGUAUAUAUAAACUUACUAGAUAUCUACAUGAUUUGUUGAUAAACCAGUUACUGUUAUUUUUCCCAGAUGUUAUCAGUGUUGGAUUUUUUUCCUUGGUUUGAAGUUUAAAAUAUUCUAUAACAAUACAGUGAUUUCAACCAUUGUACAUUUGUGCAUACCAUGUUGUAUAUAUAUAUUGUUAAAGAAUAUGGUGAAUAUCAGUGUUUAUAGACUUAAGAAAUAUCUUACCCCAAAAUGAUUAUGGUCUUUCUUCCAUGCUUACUUGUGAUAUACCAUUAUAUAUCUAACUUUAAGACUUGGGAUUUUAUCUUAUAAAAAUUAAGGAGAAACUUGCUAAGGAUUACAUGAAAAUAAAUUUUUGAAAAUAAAA